AUGGAAGCAUUCAAAAAAUGGCAAAAAAUCGAGAUUCGUGUUAUAGCAGCUUACAUGUGGGUGAUCUUUUUCGAUGCCUGUAAUGCUGCAGGGCAGGGACCUUUCCCAAAAUUUCCUGCCAUUCUGGUCUUUGGCGAUUCCAUUGUCGAUACAGGCAAUAACAAUUUUAUCAAUACACUGGUUAGGGGCAAUUUUUUCCCAUAUCGCCAGAACUAUCCAGGUCAAAAAGCCACAGGGAGGUUCUCUGAUGGAAAAUUAAUUCCUGAUUUGUUAUCCUGUGCUUUGAAGAUCAAAGAGGCUGUCCCUCCAUUCUUGGAUCCAAAUUGCCUGAUGAAGAACUCCUCACCGGAUCUGUAUGUUCUCGGAUGCCGCUCCAUUACUGUGGAUGGCCUACUUCCAAUAGGAUACGCUCCAAUUGAGAAGACCAUUCAUACGACCAAUAAAGGUGCUGUUCCUUCGGAUAAAAAAUGGGUGGUUGAUGUAAAUUCAUAUGCUCAGUCUUACAACCUAAAGCUUUUCAAGCUUUUGGCCCAUGCACAGGCAACAGGCAACGUUUUCAGGGACCAAAAUCGUCUAUAG